AUGAGUUCAGAAAUAAACAAAUUGAAAAGGCAUAAGGGUCAAAUAAUAAGUCAAGUGGAUAGAUUUAUUGAUUCCAUAAGUGGUGAACUAAGCAAAGGUAAAAUUGAAAGCAAAUUACGCACUCUAACACACUUAUGGGAAACUUUUGAAACAGUUCAGGAUAGAAUUGAAGAACUAGAGUUGAAAGAUGUAAAAUCUGAACAACAGCCGGAAAGAAUAGGAAUAUGGGAACAGGAGCGUUGUGAAUUCGAGGAUAAAUAUCAUACAGCGGUAGGGUUAGCAAAUGACAGGUUAGCUGCGAUCAUACGAGAUAAUCAAGCGGCUCGAGCUGACAACAAUCAACAAAAUCUCGAGCCACAGAUCGUGCCGGGUGUUGCUAGGCCUAUUAAUUAUAAUUUCCCUCUGUUAAAUUUACCGAAGUUUAAUGGGAAUUACGACAAGUGGCUCCUAUUCAAGGACACUUUCAAUGCGACGGUUCACACAAAUCAAGAUGUCCCACCAGUCGUAAAAUUACAGUAUUUACGCGGAUCGUUAAAAGGUGAUGCUUUACAAAUAAUCAGCACGAUUUCAACUUCGGAUGACAAUUAUACCGUAGCAUGGGAGUUGCUACUUAGUCGGUAUGAUAACAAACGAUUGGUCAUAAAUACGCAUGUGAAACAAUUGUUAGAUCUGCCCAUAGUGACGAAAGGAAGUCACUCAGCACUUCGGUCACUCAUUGACCAUAUUCAAACUCACACGCAAGCUCUUAGAAAUUUAGAUCAGCCAGUAGAUCAGUGGGGAACUAUUUUAAUUUAUUUAGUUAUUAACAAACUAGAUUUUGAGACUAGAAAAGAUUGGGAAGCUCGAGUCAAUAGUAAUAAUACAGAGGCAAUGCCAACUCUAGAUCAGCUAAUCAAAUUCCUCACUAACAAAUGUCAAACUUUAGAACUAGUUGACAAAGAGAGAUAUAACUUUCACGAUUCGAACAAAGGUUGCAUCUCAAAAAAAGAUAAAAAGGUUGCGCUUGCUUCAACAUCUCAAUCACCAUGCGUAAAGGACAUUUCAAUAAAGCUUGUAGAGGGUCUUCAUGCAAAAUAUGUAGGAGGCGUCACCACACUACUUCAUUUAGAGCGACAGGCAUUUCCGGACAAAACCAUGCCUACGAAUUCUCAGGAAUCUCAACCAGUAACAACGAUUUGUGCACAACAAGAGUCAUUUAGUCAAGCGAAUGACUCACCCCAGAUUUCAAACAAAGAUAAAAGGACGGACAUAACAGCAUCAGCUGUUAAUCAUAGCUCUCAACAACAGCAGGCUUCAUAUGUUACAGUUUUGUCGACAACCUUAAUUGACAUUUAUGACAGGGAUGGCAACAUUUACACUUGUAGAGCACUUUUAGAUACAGGGUCUCAACCUAACAUGAUUACGACAAAGCUACUCCCUCGCCUCAAAAUACCAAGUGAUGAGGUAGAUGUUUCUGUCAUUCCAGUAGCAGCAAUGGAAGCCGGAGUCAAUAAAGCAGCUCAUGUUAGGAUUAAAUCAAAGUUGGAUAAUUUCACAGCAAAUUUACAAUGUUUAGUCACACCUCAAAUCACAGUAAAGCUUCCUCAAGUUCCUUUGGAUGGAAAACAAGUAAAUAUUCCUGAAAAUAUAAGGCUCGCGGGUCCUUGCUUCGAAAGGACUAGUGACAUAGAUUUACUUAUAGGAGCAGGAGUAUUUUUGAAGGUUAUCGAUGGAGGUCAAAUCAAUCUAGGGAAAAAUAAGCCUGUUUUACAAAAAACUAAGUUCGGCUGGAUUGUUGGUGGAGAAUGGACUGAAGAAAAACAUUUGAAGACACCAACGACAUGCAAUCUUUUAACACUCAAUAGACAAUUAGAAAAAUUUUGGAAGUUACGAUGA